UUUGACAUGGGGAGUGCGUCGUUUCCAGCCUUGCCUUCCUUCAUUUUGCGUUCCCAAGCCGCCCAGCUGUGCCGCCUCAUACAGAGAAUGUCCAAAAUGGAUUUGAGGCGUUAGGGUCCGUCUGGGCCCGCGUGCCUUUUGUGGCCGCUGCUGGGUCGGAGCCACCAAGCAGACGAGACCCCGGGUGCUGUCUGGGAGCUCCCGACGUUUGCAAGAAUGAGUGCGUCAGAAACCGAGGGAGGAGAGGGGCGACCAGAAGGGGAGGGACGGCGGCUGUGAGCUGAGGCGCCUGGUAGCAGUAGCAGCAGCAGCAACAACCUCGGCAAGGGCAGAAACCGAGCUCCGGUGAACCCAGGCAGCUCCUUCCCAGCCCCUUCCCCACAUCUUGGGAGGGGAGAGAGCGCGUGGCCAAGGGGAUGGCCUUCCCUGUGGACCUUCUAGAUAACUACAGCCAUGAAGAUCUGGAGAGUUCUGGAGAUGAUUAUCUUUCUGACCUUAGGUGUGCAGAUCCAGAAAACCCAGAAUUUCUGUCUCUUGGCAAUAAUGUCAAAAUUCCAAUAUGCUUAUCAACAGUAGGCUUCGUUCCUAUUUAUGGCGGAGAAGAAAGACACAAAGUCCUUGCUUUGUUUGCACCAGAGGAUUCACUAGCAGCUGUUGCCCUCUUUCUUGCUGAUCACUGGUGGACUAUUGAUGAUAUUUUGAGAACAUCGGCUCCUUCUAGAGAAGGUGUUUUACGGGUGAAGUCCAUUGGAGAGAGAGUAGUUCUUUAUGUGCUGAACAGAAUAAUAUAUCGCAAACAAGAAAUUGAGAAAAAUGAGUUUCCAUUCCUUUGUCAUGGUAGCCAUGAUUAUGCAAAAAUUCUUUGGAAGAAAGGAGAGGCAAUUGGCUUUUAUUCUGUUAAGCUUCCAGGAAGCAUAUGUAGUGCCUUUCUUACCCAGAGCUACCAGCUUCCAGUCCUGGACACUAUGUUUGUGAGGAAGAAACAUCGAGGGAAGGAUUUUGGGUUACUGAUGUUGGAAGAUUUUGUGGACUCUUUCACAGAAGAUGCGCUAGGCCUGAGGUUUCCACUUACAUCUUUCAUGCAUUCUGCUUGUCAGAAGUACUUUGAAAGGUACCCAGGGGAUCAUGACCUUCUAUGGGAAGUUGAAGGAAUAGGCCACUGGCACCAGCGAACACCUAUAGCUAGUGUAUUGCAAAGAGAAAGUUCAAAAUACAAAGCAGAAGGAUUGGAAAAAGAAAGUCAUGGCUCUCAAAAUGAGGAUGGCUUUUUGCAGACUGCCAUGGACCGUGGCACAACUAAUGAACAGACGACAGAGCCCAUUGAAACACGGCUAAGUGUUGAUGCUCAUAACAACAAAGAUGGCUCAGAUGUAUGUGAAGGGACUUCAGAAGAACUUAAUGCUGUACCACUUUGUACUCGUUCACGAAGCAAUCAUCUGAAACAUCCAAAGUUUGGGAAAAGAAUGCAAGAAUCAGAUGUUUCUGAAGGUGAAGAUACAAGCACUUCUCAAGCACCAGAGAACAGACCAGAACCUGUUACACAUGUGCCUGAAAGGUCAGAAGAGUUGAUGGUGAUGGAUAACGUGGGAGAAAAUGUGGCUGAAAAAGAGCAGGAGGUGUUGACAGAAAAUCAGAAACAACCAGCCCAAGAAAUACCACAAUUAUGUCCUCCAUGUGAGAAACAAGAUGAUAAGGAAGAAACAGAUGUAGAGCCACUCAAUGGAGAGCUAAUGGAAGAUGCCAUCAAGGUGUCAAUAGUGACUGAAGGGCAAACGGCAAGUGAAAUUAUGGAUGGCGAUUCAAAAUUGCAGUCGGAAAGUUCAGAGGAAGCGACUUUAACUCUGCUUGUUCCAUUAAUCCUUGACUCUUCAGUAAAAUCCACAGAGGAUAGUGAUGACAAUAUAUCAGAUAAGGUUGAGAAUGAUACCGAAGCAACACCAGAGGAGGAGCAACAGGCACUGCAAAAGAAAAGAGCGCUUGUUCCAAAUGCAGAUCCUGCAGUGGCAGCAGAAAAGGAAGAACCUUCCAAUAAUGGCCUUUCAAACUCUGUUGCAACCGAGGCUCCAGAAGAUGCCAGUUCUGAAAAUGUGUCUCCCAACACAACCUCCUCCUUGGAAGAGCAAAGUGAAGAGGGAGGAUCUGACUUCCCAGAGGCCCCUGUUGUUUUGGGUCAGAGUUUAGUGAUGGUUGAACUGGAGGACAUUUCAUACCAGCAACACUCAGAGGGGCAAAAGAACCAAAUGGAUGAGCAGUCUGAGGAGUCAGCUGAGCCGGCAUCUGAGAGAGCAGCAGAUAGCAGUUCAGAGGAAGCAGAAAUAGAGGUGCCUGUAGUAGACAGGCGGACCUUGCGAAGAAAAGCCAAAGGAUACAAAGGACCCCCCAAGAAAAAAGGAAAGCUUGCCUGAAAAGAGAGGCGUUUCCCUCCUUUUGGAACCAUUGCUUGUUCUCCUUUAAAAACAAACCAUCCCCUAAGCUAUUAAAUUAUAUGGAACAGUAGUUCACACAUGUAUUCAGACACUAGUUUCACCACCCUAUUUUCCCUUCACUCGGUUUCAUUUAUUGUGUAAGUCAUUAUCCAGGAAAACAUACAUCAGAUAUGAAAAUAGAAGACCCAUUAAAAAAGACCAUUCAUUGAUUAAAUUUUUAAAAAGGAAGAACCUGCUUUAGCAGAGUAUGUUUAGACAGUGUAAUUUUGCAUCAGCCACACUGAGAAUGUAGGGAGGCCAAAUAGACAUAAUCUUGCAUUGGAAUAAUUGUUGUAGUAUCGCAUGUGUCUCUUGAUUUGCAAGUAUAGUAACUGUUCUGCAAGUGAAUCAAGUACGUCUGACACAUUUCAUGUGUCAUAUGUUUCUCUGGAUCCCAGGGAAUAAUAAUCUUGAGACAUGGGUCGGCAAUCUGGUAUUCUCUAGGAGUUUUUGACUACAGCUUCUAUCAGGUCCAGCCACUUUGGGGGUGGGUGGGUUAUGAAUGUGGUAGUUCAAAAUGUUAAAAGAGGACCCCUGGUUACUUACUCCUGCCUUGAGACAGGUAGGCAAACCCAGUCUGAAGGGUAUGCCUUCGUAACUUCACAGACCUAUCUGGAUGGCGUAAUUGUAAUUAUUUUUGACUCCCAUGUCAUUAUUUUGUAGUAAAUUAAAAUAAUAUUUUGUAAUACCAGAAGUAGAGAACAGCUGACAUUCUUUGUGCUUAGCUGGAAGAUCUUCCUCUGUUUUUUCAUUAGUGCUUCAUAGAUACCAUGCCAGUGUUCAUUAAAUCAAGUAUUAUAUGCUCUGGUUUGUGGAUCAGCUGAGCUUAAAUUCUUGGUGUAUAUGGAGUUCUCUGAUUAUUUCACCUGUGAGUAAAGCAGAUUUGUUUCUUUUCAUGAGUAAAGAACUGAACAUAAUUAAGAAUUACAGUAAUAUAGACAUAGAUAAGAACUUCACAUUUGUAUGGUUACAUCUUUUUAUAAGUAGCAACAAUUGGUCAGGUUAAAAAAUAAUGGCCCAGCCCAGUGGCACUGCAGGGCCUAUGUGAGGGAAUAUUCUUAUCACUUGCGCAACUCCCUGCAGCGCUCAUUCCCACCCAAAACUAACACUGGAAGAAUUCCUGUCCUUUUUGAAAUACUGUAGUUUUUCUGGAUGUACAGGGAGCUUCCGUGGGGAAAGAUUACCUCCUGUCCCUCAGUUCCACUGAGGUAAGUACUUCUGUCAGUAGAUUUCCUCUAUUGGGUUAGACCAUUGUUUUGCAUUUAAAGCUGUAUCUCUUUUAGUAUGUAUUCUUUUAAAAGUUCACUUGAAUAUCGUUAAAGUAUUUAAUUUUAAUCUGCUGAGAAUUGGUCUGUUUUUGCUUUCUGGUUAUACAAAAGUUAUGGAUAUUUUCUAUUAGCUCAUUUUGACUGCUUUUUAAAAAAACUCUUCUUGAAAAAAGUGCUGUUGUUUUUUAAAGCAUGCCCUAAGAAGUUUUGGAUUUGAAGUGUAUAGACUUGCUGAGUUAAGCCUGGAUUUUUAGGAUGCUGUGCUUUUUUCUACCAAUGUACAUUUUGUAUAUUGCGGAUUAGGAGUAGAGGUGCAGAGCUCUUGAUUCAUAAGAAAAUAUAUUCAUAUGAAUGUUCAGCAUUGCUAACACUAGUUAAACACAUACUGUGAUGAAACACAUAAAAUACAGUUACUGCUUGUGUCUUGUACUAAGAGUUAUUUUUCUUUGUUGUAAAUAGGGCACCUUGACAAUUUAACAUUAGCCUGCAGUUUUUGCUUUCUCAUUAUGACUGGAAUUUUCCAAGGUGAGUUGGGUUAGAUUACGAAGACUUGAUGUACAGCCUUUUAAACAAAUAUAGGAUGUGAAUGUUAGGUGUAUUGGGCUAAACUUUAAUAAAGUAUCCAUUUCACGAGUCUC